GACAGUAGACCUAGACUUCUUCUUUCUUAGUACAUCCCAACCAUCUUAGGGCGUUCUUCAGUUCUUCUUCUUCUUCUUCUUCUUCAAUCCUCAGUGCUUCAGUUCUUCAAGAAUUUUUUCAAAUUCGACAGCACGGAUCAAUCUCCGUCCACUCUCCAGGGAAUCCCUUAACGGCUGGCACUGCUUAUAAACCCUGCACGAAGCAAGCUUGAGUGUGUCAAUGGCUUCUCAAGUUUCACAGAAGAAGCCCAAGAAGGCAAGCCGGUUCAGGAAAGAAUCAGAAGAAAUCAAGCUUAUUGAUUCUCUUAAAUGGAACUCUUCUAUAGACAAAGACAACGAGGACAAUUUCCAUCGCUUCAUUGGCUCAGACGAAUUUGACGGAGGCUUUCUGUCACUCGAAGAGAUUGAUGAAUCUGAAUAUGGAUUGAAUAUUCCUAUUCCCAAAAGAGAGAACAAGAAGGAAAAGAAGGAUCUGGCUCUCGAGUCGAAGAAAAGGAAGAGAGAUGAGGCUGAUACAGAAUCUGACAAUGAAGAGAAGUUGGAGGAGUUGGCUGGAGAUAUUAAGCCAAAGAAGAAGAAAAAAAAUAAGAAGGGAAAAGAUAAGAAAAAGAAAGGGCCCGUCGAAAAUACAGAGCCCGAGGCUGAUAAUGAUGAUUGCAAAGACAAUGGCGAAGAAUUAAUCAAUGAAUGGGAAUAUUAUGCAUGGAAUGAAUUGAGACUUCAUCCCCUGCUCAUGAAAUCAAUAUACCGUCUAGGUUUCAAAGAGCCAACACCAAUUCAAAAGUCUUGUAUUCCUGCAGCCGCCCAUCAAGGAAAGGAUGUCAUUGGUGCUGCGGAAACGGGAUCUGGAAAAACACUUGCUUUUGGUUUACCAAUUUUGCAGCGGCUCUUAGAAGAACAAGAAAAAGCUGAUAAUUUCAUCGAUGAAAAAAGUGAGGAUGCUGUCAAAAGAAUUCCAUCCGAAGGUGUUUUGCGAGCUUUAAUUAUCACUCCUACCAGGGAGCUUGCGCUUCAGGUUACUGAUCAUCUCAAGGAAGUCGCUAAAGCUACCAAUUUCAGGGUGGUUCCCAUUGUAGGUGGCAUGUCAACAGAAAAACAGGAAAGACUUCUGAAAUCAAGACCCGAAGUCAUUGUUGGAACACCAGGGAGGCUGUGGGAGCUUAUGUCUCGUGGAGAGAUUCAUCUUAUUGAGUUGCACUCGUUGUCAUUCUUUGUGCUGGAUGAGGCUGAUCGUAUGAUAGAAAAUGGUCACUUUCGCGAGCUACAGUCCAUUAUAGAUAUGCUUCCUGCAAUAGGUGUCUCAGAUGUAAAGCAUUCUGAAAGCGGACAAGAUUGUAAGACAGUUACAAGCUUCCAGAAGAAGAAAAGGCAAACAUUUGUGUUUUCUGCAACUAUAGCGUUGUCUGCUGAUUUCCGUAAAAAGCUAAAGCAUGGGUCAAUUGCAUCAGAUAAGACAAAAAUUGAUGGGAUAAAUUCCAUUGAAACUCUCUCUGGGAGAGCUGGAAUGAGACCAAAUGCGGCCAUCUUUGAUCUAACUAAUGAACAGAUCGUGGCUAACAAACUGGAGGAGUCGUUUAUUGAGUGUAAGGAAGAAGAAAAGGAUGCCUAUUUAUACUAUAUAUUAAGAAUUCAUGGACAAGGGAGAACCAUUGUUUUUUGCACUUCAAUUGCAGCUGUACGGCAUGUUUCUAAUUUGCUGCGCAUUCUUGGUGUCAAUAUCUUGACACUUCAUGCUCAGAUGCAACAGAGAGCUCGUCUAAAGGCAAUGGACCGUUUCAGAGGAAAUGAGCAUGGCAUACUUAUCGCUACGGAUGUUGCAGCCAGAGGUCUUGAUAUUCCCGGUGUCCGAACCGUUGUUCAUUUUCAGCUUCCGCAUUCUGCAGAAGUGUACGUCCACAGAAGUGGGAGAACAGCUAGAGCUUUGGCAGAUGGAUGUAGCAUUGCUCUGAUUUCACCCAAAGAGGCAUCUAAAUUUGCUGCUCUAUGCAAAUCCUUUUCAAAGGAAACAUUUAGAAGAUUUCCAAUAGAAGUCUCAUACAUGCCAGAGGUCAAUAAACGGUUGUCUCUUGCGCGUCAGGUUGACAAGAUUUCCCGUAAGGAAUCUGAGGAAAAAGCGAAGAAAACUUGGUUUGAGAAGAAUGCAGAGUCAAUUGAACUUGAAAUUGAGGACAAUGAAAGUGAGGAUGAAAAAGUGAGAAAUCAUAGAAAGAAGAAAGCAACAUCUAUUCAUCUAAAGAAGUUGCAGGAGGAACUCAAUUUGCUAAGUUCAAAGCCACUACAACCAAAAUCCUUUUCAAGUCGAUAUCUGGCCGGGUCUGGUGUAUCUCCCCUUCUUCAAAACCAAUUUGAAGAACUAGCGAAGCAGAAUCGCGAGGACAAUAAUAAUGGAGGGAUAAAGAACAAUAAAAGAAAACUACUAGUUAUGGGUCAGGAUUGUGUGGAACCAUUGGAAGCACUUAGGAAUUCUGGUAAAGAGGUCAUGGAUCUGAAAGAAAUUGCAGAAAAGCGAAGAAACGUUGAGAAUUUGAAAAGAAAGAGAAAAGAGGAGAAAAAACGUCUGAAUGAACAGAAAAGGAAUAAGAAGAAGAAGCUAAAGGAAGAGAAUGAGGAGGAAGAGUAAUUACCCCCCACCAAUCCGGUUAUCUGCAUAAAAGCUGCAUUCCAAAAUGUGGAAAAUUAACUCCACAUUUUCUUUUUGAACGCCAUCCAUUUUCUUUAAAUGCAAAACUCAAGUCAUAAAAUCUUAUUACAAAAUUAAUAUACAGUCAAAAAGAAUUUUGUUUUCUUGUAUGUUAUUUUUAUUUUAUUUUAAAUGUUUACCCAAGAUUUAGAGUUA